GCCGCCUUAAGACUUCGCAGAGUUGUGUUUUCUUGGGAAUUCGCUUUUUCUUCAUCGCCGACCUCCUUAUACCCAUGGACUCAUCGCUUCCGGCCCGCUUGUUUCCCGGUCUUUCCAUCAAGAUCCAACGCAGUAAUGGCUUAAUUCACAGUGCCACAGUAAGGACUGUGAACUUGGAAAAAUCCUGUGUUUCAGUGGAAUGGAUAGAAGGAAGUACCACAAAAGGCAAAGAGAUUGAUUUUGAUGAUGUGGCUGCAAUAAACCCAGAACUCUUACAGCUUCUUCCCUUACACCCGAAGGACAACCUGCCCUUGCAGGAAAAUGUAACAGUCCAGAAACAAAAACGCAGAUCAGUCAACUCCAAAAUUCCUGCUCCAAAAGAAGGUCUUCGAAGCCGCUCUACUCGCAUGUCCACUGUCUCAGAGGUUCGAAUCACCACUCAGGAGAAUGAUAUGGAGGUGGAACUACCUGCAUCUACAAACUCCCGCAAGUUUUCAGUUCCCACGGGCCCCCCUAGGCCCUCCUACCCUGCAGUGGCUGAAAUACCAUUGACGAUGGUCAGCGAGGAGGUGGAAGAGCAAGUCCACUCCAUCCGAGGCAGCUCUUCUACAAACCCUGUGAACUCAGUUCGGAGAAAAUCAUGUCUUGUGAAGGAAAUGGAAAAAAUGAAGAACAAGCGAGAAGAAAAGAGAGCUCAGAACACUGAAAUGAGAAUAAGGCGAGCCCAGGAGUAUGACAACAGCUUUCCAAACUGGGAAUUUGCCCGAAUGAUUAAAGAAUUUCGGACUACUAUGGAAUGUCAUCCACUUACUGUGACUGAUCCUAUUGAAGAGCACAGGAUUUGCGUGUGUGUUAGGAAACGCCCUCUGAAUAAACAAGAAUUGGCCAAGAAAGAAAUUGAUGUGAUUUCCGUUCCUAGCAAGUGUCUCCUCUUGGUACAUGAACCCAAAUUAAAAGUGGACUUAACAAAGUAUCUAGAGAACCAAGCAUUUUGCUUUGAUUUCGCAUUUGAUGAAACAGCUUCAAAUGAAGUCGUCUAUCGGUUCACAGCAAGGCCACUGGUACAGACAAUUUUUGAAGGAGGAAAAGCAACUUGUUUUGCAUAUGGGCAGACAGGAAGUGGCAAGACUCAUACUAUGGGUGGAGACCUGUAUGGUAAAGCUCAGAAUGCAUCCAAGGGGAUCUACGCCAUGGCCUCCCGGGAUGUCUUCCUCCUGAAGAAUCAGUCCCGCUACCGGAACCUGGGCCUGGAAGUCUAUGUGACAUUCUUCGAGAUCUACAAUGGGAAGCUGUUCGACCUACUCAAUAAAAAGGCCAAACUGCGUGUGCUGGAAGAUGGCAAGCAACAGGUGCAGGUGGUUGGGCUGCAGGAGCACCUGGUUAACUCAGCUGAAGAUGUUAUCAAGAUGAUCGACAUAGGCAGUGCCUGCAGGACUUCUGGGCAGACAUUUGCCAACUCCAACUCCUCCCGCUCCCACGCCUGCUUCCAGAUUAUUCUUCGAGCCAAAGGGAGAGUACAUGGCAAGUUCUCUUUGGUAGAUCUGGCAGGAAACGAGCGAGGUGCAGACACUUCCAGUGCUGACCGGCAGACUCGCAUGGAAGGUGCAGAAAUCAACAAGAGUCUCCUGGCCCUGAAGGAGUGCAUCAGAGCCCUGGGACAAAACAAGGCUCACACCCCAUUCCGCGAAAGCAAGCUGACACAGGUGCUGAGGGACUCCUUUAUAGGGGAGAAUUCAAGGACUUGCAUGAUUGCCAUGAUCUCACCAGGCAUAAGCUCCUGUGAAUAUACUUUAAAUACACUAAGAUAUGCUGACAGAGUCAAGGAGCUGAGUCCCCACAGUGGGCCCAGUGGAGAGCAGCCAACUCAAAUGGAAACAGAAGAGAUGGAAGCCAGCUCUAAUGGGCCCCUGAUCCCAGGCAAUAAUUUCUCAAAAGAGGAGGAGGAACUAUCUUCCCAGAUGUCCAGCUUUAAUGAAGCCAUGACUCAGAUCAGGGAGCUGGAGGAAAGGGCCAUGGAAGAGCUCAAGGAGAUUAUUCAGCAAGGACCAGGCUGGCUUGAGCUCUCCGAGAUAUCUGAGCAACCAGACUAUGACCUGGAGACCUUUGUGAACAAAGCAGAAUGUGCCGUGACCCAACAAGCCAAGCACCUCUCAGCCCUGCAAGAUGUCAUCAAGGCUUUGCGCCUGGCCAUGCAGCUGGAAGAGCAGGCUAGCAAACAAAUAAACAGCAAGAAACGGCCCCAGUGACAACUGCAAAUAAAGAUCUGUUUGGUUUCACACCCAGUCUCUGCCCCGCCCCUCCCUUUCCCUCCCCAGUCAACUCUGGGCACCUGGUGAGUUGUUCAGGGUUUGAGCUGGGGCAGGUUUUGGUAAAUGCUAAGUGUGAGGGCAUCCAGCCCAGGGCAGCUGGGGUGGGAAGCACUAUACUUUCCUUUUUCCUCAAUUGGGAACAGGAGGAAGGUGCUUUUAGUUACCAUGUAAAUCUGCCCUUCUCUCCCUCAAGAUGAAGUGCUUUCUUGGUAGUUUUCUCUGGGGUAGCAUCCUGCCUGCAUGAACUGGCUGCUGGUGGAGGCUUCCCAGCGUUGUCCUGGCUCUGGAGAAGAGAGGAGCCUUUAGUCCAUUUCUCUCUUGGCUUUGGCCUACCUUCCACAACCUUGGCUCAAGCACUUGGAUGUCUUGUACUUUAAGAAAAGUUUCUGGGGGGGACCUUUGCUUUCCUUGCAGUUUUUGAGGCCCAAGAGUAUCCCUGUUCUUUUCUGUUUUAUAUGUUUAUACAUCGUGUCUAACAAUAAA